CCUGGGACCCGCUGGAACUCUGAGCGAGCACUGAUCUCUCACCCGCCUUCCACAGCCGUUCGAGGGGCCAGUCGCCAUGUCAAAGGUCUCCUGCACAUGGAUGUAUCUGUGCGUGUGGGUUUUCGGGGCGUCUGGCGCACCUGCCGUGCCGCGGUCCGGUGCGAAGGUGGCGCUAGAGGAUGAGGUGAACGUGCUGAUGUACGGGGUGCUGCAACUCAGCGAGUCACUGCAUCACGUCCAUCAGAACACCGAGGCCAAGCUGGCGCGCGUCACCCGCGCCGUCACACACACCGAGAGCCUUGUGGAGCGUCUGAGUCGGGACGCAGAACAAACCGUCCGCUCCGAGCGCCAGACAAAGGACAGGCUCGGCAUCAUACAGGCUGAGGUGGCAGAGCUACAAGUCCAGGCUCAACAAACCAGAGGUCUGGUCUACGAGGUGGAGCGAGAAGACGUGGAUCUAAAGCACAAACUCGGCCAUCUCGACGCAACCCUAAGACGAUUCGGCCCUGAGCAGAUCAGAGCAAUAAAGGAGACGGCGCAGAGGCACAACAACCUUCUGCAGGACCUGAUGAGCUGGACGGAGAAACACAAAGAGCAGCUGGAGUUGCAGCGGCAGCAGCUGACCGAGUUACAGAAACGGACAAGCAGGAAGCUCUAAUCGUCCCGUCCAGUCUGCAGACGGCACACGAGGGAUCAGUAACUGGUGGAACUGGUGGAACUGGUGGAACUGAUGACUCUGGUCAAUGAAAGCUGCUGCUUUUCUCAGUAGACAGAACUGAUGAAAAACUCUGAUCUUUAUUAACACUCCUGAGGUGGCAACCAAAACCUACUAAACUCACUAAAACAGACACGUUUUUUAAUAAACAGUAAACAGAAUGUAAAAAGAAAAGAAAAGAAAAGAAAUUGACAUUGACAUUAUUGUAUUAUACAAAGUAUGCUUUAUUAUUUUUCUACUUUAUAAUAAAAGGAAUCUUUCAUAUUUUAAA